AUGGCCUCCGUCGAAUCCCUCCUUGAAGGUGUCCAGAUACUGGGAAAGAUACAUGACAGCCACCGCAAGAUUCUGACAAAGGAAGCUUGUGCUUUCCUUGCAACUCUUCACAGAACCUUCAACGCAACUCGCAAGCAGCUUCUUCAGCGCCGUGUCGACCGUCAAGCUGAGAUUGACAAAGGUGUUGUUCCCACUUUCCUUCCAGAGACCAAGCACAUUCGUGAGGAUGAUGCAUGGAGAGGAGCAGAUCCUGCUCCCGGUCUCGUAGACAGGAGAGUGGAGAUUACUGGACCAACAGACAGGAAGAUGGUUGUGAAUGCGCUGAACUCAGACGUUUGGACAUACAUGGCUGAUUUUGAAGAUUCCAACUCUCCCACGUGGGAUAACAUGGUCAAUGGUCAAGUUAACCUCUAUGACGCCAUUCGCCGGGAGAUUGAUUUCAACCUCAACGGCAAGGACUACAAACUUCGCACUGACAGACCUCUUCCUACUCUUAUUGUUCGUCCUCGAGGCUGGCAUCUUGAAGAAAGACACUUCGUUGUUGACGGAGAAGCUAUCUCUGGCAGUCUAUUCGAUUUCGGUCUAUACUUUUUCCACAAUGCAAAGAAACUCGUCGAGAAUGGCCACGGGCCGUACUUCUACCUCCCUAAAAUGGAAUCUCACCUCGAGGCAAGACUGUGGAACGAUGUCUUCAACCUUGCCCAGGACACCGUUGGACUUUCAAGGGGUACUAUCAGGGGUACAGUGUUGAUUGAGACCAUUUUGGCCGUAUUCGAAAUGGACGAGAUCAUCUAUGAGCUCCGCCAGCACAGCUCAGGUCUCAACUGUGGGCGUUGGGAUUACAUUUUCAGUGUCAUCAAGAAGUUCAGAAACAACUCUCAAUUUAUUCUACCCGACAGAAGUGCUGUUACCAUGACUGUUCCAUUCAUGGAGUCAUAUGUUAAGUUAUUGAUUAAGACUUGCCAUCGCAGAGGCGUUCAUGCUAUGGGUGGAAUGGCUGCACAAAUCCCUAUCAAGGACGAUGCUGAGGCAAACAAGAAGGCUAUGGAGGGCGUGUAUGCGGAUAAGCUGCGUGAAGUUCGUGCGGGUCAUGAUGGAACUUGGGUUGCUCACCCCGCAUUGGCAAAAAUUGCUACAGAUGUGUUCAACAAGAACAUGCCUACACCCAACCAGAUCUUCAAGCGCCGUGAGGAUGUAUCUGUAACAUCAAACGACCUUUUGAACAUGAAUAUGCCCGGAACGAUCACCGAGGAAGGGAUCCGCAAGAAUAUCGACAUCGGUCUAGGAUACAUGGAGGGUUGGCUCCGCGCAGUUGGUUGCGUACCUCUUAACUACCUUAUGGAAGAUGCUGCAACAGCCGAGGUUUCGCGCUCUCAGCUAUGGCAAUGGGCCAAGCAUGGAAUCUCAACAGCAGAGGGCAAGAAGAUCACCAAAGAAUAUAACCUGCAACUACUCCAGGAAGCUACUGAAAGACUCUCAAGUAAGGCGGCGCCAGGAAACAAAUACCAGCUCGCUUCAAGAUACUUUGCGACCCAAAUCACGGGCGAGGAGUACGCGGACUUUUUGACAACUCUGCUGUACAAUGAGAUCGUGACGGUGGGUAGUACUGCGGCUAAACUAUAG